CGGACCGUCAGGUUGGUGCUCGGAAUCGGAUCCACACCGAAGCAGCUGCCUCUUCGGCGACAUGCAAAAUGCCGCCUUGGUGGGGGUGGCCGCCGCCGUGCCGCGGCCGGCGAUGGCAGCGACCGCCGCCAGCGACCGCUACGCGCGGAUCCUGCAGCUCUGCCAGACCGCCGUGAACCCGUCGGCAGGCCGCGCCGUCCACGCGCACGCCGUCAAGGCCGGCCUCCUACUCAGCGCCUACCUCUGCAACAACCUCCUCUCCUACUACGCCGGCGCUGGCGCCGGGGGUGGAUCCUUCCGGGACGCGCGCCGCCUGUUCGACGAGAUCCCAGCGGCGCGGCGGAACGUGUUUACCUGGAACUCGCUCCUGUCGUUGUACGCCAAGUCCGGCCGACUCGCCGACGCCAGCACCGUGUUCGCCGAAAUGCCCGAGCGGGACGCCGUCUCCUGGACCGUCAUGGUCGUCGGGCUCAACCGCGCCGGUCGCUUCGGCGAGGCCGUCAGGACGUUCUUGGACAUGGUCGGCGAAGGGCUGGCGCCGACGCAGUUCACGCUCACGAACGUGCUCUCCUCGUGCGCCGCCACGGAGGCUGGCGGAGUUGGGAGGAAGGUUCACUCCUUCGUCGUCAAGCUCGGGCUGAGUGGCUUCGUGACCGUCGCCAACUCGGUGCUCAACAUGUAUGGCAAGUGUGGAGAUGCUGAGACAGCGAGAGCUGUGUUUGAAAGGAUGCGGGUGCGGAGCGUGUCAAGCUGGAAUGCCAUGGUAUCGCUGUACGCGCGCCAGGGGAGGAUGGACCUUGCUGUGUCCAUGUUUGAGAACAUGCCAGAACGUAGCAUCGUUUCAUGGAACGCCAUCAUUGCAGGCUACAACCAGAAUGGGCUUGAUCCCAUGGCAUUGAAGUUCUUCUCGCGAAUGCUUAGCGAUUCUUCAAUGGAGCCUGAUGAAUUCACAAUCACCAGUGUCCUAUCAGCUUGCGCUAACCUCCGUAUGCUGAAGAUGGGGAAGCAGAUGCACUCCUAUAUCUUGAUAACUGGGAUUCCAUACAGUGGUCAGGUCACAAAUGCUCUCAUCUCAAUGUAUGCAAAGUCUGGCAGUGUUGAGAACGCCCGGAGUAUCAUGGACCAAGCAGUGGUGGCCGAUCUGAAUGUGAUCUCCUUCACUGCUCUCCUGGAAGGCUAUGUCAAGCUCGGGGACAUGAAGCGGGCAAGGGAAAUCUUCAAUGUUAUGAAUAACAGAGAUGUUGUUGCCUGGACUGCAACGAUUGUCGGCUAUGAGCAGAAUGGUCAAAAUGAUGAAGCCAUGGACCUCUUCAGGUCAAUGAUCAAAAGUGGCCCAGAACCAAACAGCUAUACGCUUGCUGCUGUUCUUAGUGUCUGCGCAAGCCUGGCAUGUCUUGAUUACGGCAAGCAGAUCCACUGCAAGGCUAUCAGAUCAUUGCAAGAGCAAUCUGUUUCCGUCAGCAACGCCAUCAUCACAAUGUAUGCGAGGUCUGGCAGUGUGCCAUGGGCGAGGAGGGUGUUUGAUCACAUUUGCUGGCGCAAGGAGACGGUCACAUGGACAUCGAUGAUCGUGGCGCUGGCACAGCAUGGCUUGGGAGAAGAAGCUGUUGGCCUCUUUGAAGAAAUGCUUCAUGUUGGUGUGAAACCAGAUCGCAUAACUUAUGUUGGCGUGCUUUCUGCGUGUACACAUGCCGGUUUUGUAGAUGAAGGAAAGAGGUACUACGAACAGAUGCAAAAGGAGCAUGACAUUCUACUAGAAAUGAGCCAUUACGCAUGCAUGGUCGACCUCCUUGCCCGUGCCGGCCUGCUCACAGAAGCUCAGGAAUUCAUCCAACGGAUGCCUGUCGAACCAGAUGCAAUAGCCUGGGGAUCACUCCUUUCAGCUUGCAGGGUGCACAAAAAUGCAGACGUAGCAGAACUCGCGGCAGAGAAGCUGCUGUCAAUUGAUCCUGGCAAUAGCGGUGCCUACUCCGCCAUUGCCAACGUCUAUUCUGCCUGUGGGAGGUGGAAUGAUGCGGCAAGGAUCUGGAAGCUGAGGAAGGACAAAGCAGUGAAGAAGGAGACGGGUUUCAGCUGGAUUCAUAUACACAACAAAGUCCACGUCUUUGGAGCAGACGAUAUACUUCAUCCACAGAGGGAUGCAAUCUACAAGAAGGCCGCGGGAAUGUGGGAGGAGAUCAAGAAGGCCGGCUUCGUCCCCAACCUCAACUCUGUUCUGCAUGAUGUCGACGACGAACUGAAGGAGGAGAUACUGAGCCGCCACAGCGAGAAGCUUGCCAUCGCGUUCGGCCUCAUCAGCACGCCUGAGAAGACGACGCUGCGGAUCAUGAAGAACCUGCGGGUGUGCAAUGACUGCCACACUGCGAUCAAAUUCAUCUCCAAGGUCGUGGACAGGGAGAUCAUAGUGCGAGAUGCGACGAGGUUUCAUCAUUUCAGAGAUGGGUUCUGCUCCUGUAAAGAUUAUUGGUAGGAAACCUUUGUCCUAAGUUGAAUGGGACAAAUGUUUUCCUGCUCAUGUAGCUGUGGCCAGUGUGCAAGAACAACCGUCUCUGCAAUCCAUGAUUGAUAUUUGUAAACCAUUCAGGUUAGAUAACAAUGUAGUUCAGUGUUCUUUCAUGCUAACCUUGAGUGAGAUCUUUUCAUUGUCAGAUAUGAGAAAUAAAGGUACAUAAAACACGGAGUACAUGUGCAUCCUGAUUCAUUCAUUCAUUGUUUUGUAAACGAAGAGUAACAAUGGUAUUGCGGAUGUAAAUAUAUUGCUCUCCUUUCCUCGUCGGUUUCA